GGAGCAGCCGAGGUCGCCGCCGGGUCCUCCGCGCCGCCCCCCGCGCCCCGUGCCUGCCCCGCGGGCGUGGGCGCCGUGGCCGGUCCGCGGUGGGCCGGGGGGCCGCCGGCGCCAUGGCCGCCCCGGAGCCGCUGCGGCCGCGCCUGUGCCGCCUGGUGCGCGGGGAGCACGGCUACGGCUUCCACCUGCACGGCGAGAAGGGCCGCCGCGGCCAGUUCAUCCGGCGCGUGGAGCCCGGCUCGCCGGCCGAGGCGGCUGCGCUGCGCGCGGGGGACCGGCUGGUCGAGGUCAACGGCGUCAACGUGGAGGGCGAGACGCACCACCAGGUGGUGCAGAGAAUCAAGGCUAUGGAAGGCCAGACUCGGCUGCUGGUGGUGGACAAAGAGACGGACGAGGAGCUCCGCCGGCGGCAGCUGACCUGCACAGAGGAGAUGGCCCAGCGAGGGCUUCCGCCCACCCACAACCCCUGGGAGCCAAAGCCGGACUGGGCACGUGCAAGCAACCUCAGCUCUGAGGCAGGCCAGAAGGAUGUCGGUGGGCCCCCUAGGGAGCUACGCCCUCGGCUCUGCCAUCUGAGAAAGGGCCCCCAAGGUUACGGGUUCAACCUGCACAGUGACAAGUCCCGGCCGGGACAGUACAUCCGCUCCGUGGACCCAGGCUCGCCUGCCGCUCACUCUGGCCUCCGCGCCCAGGACAGACUCAUCGAGGUGAAUGGGCAGAAUGUGGAGGGGCUGCGCCACGCGGAGGUGGUCGCCAGCAUCAAGGCGCAGGAGGAUGAGGCCCGGCUGCUGGUGGUGGACCCCGAAACGGAUGAGCACUUCAAGCGGCUACGGGUCACACCUACUGAGGAGCACGUGGAAGGUCCACUGCCAUCACCAGUCACCAAUGGGACCAGCCCUGUCCAGCUGAACGGUGGCUCAGCGUGUUCGUCCCGAAGUGAUCUGCCUGGCUUAGACAAGGACACUGAGGUAGACAGCAACACCUGGAAGCGUGACCCCUUUCAGGAGAGCGGCCUCCACCUGAGCCCCACGGCGGCCGAAGCCAAGGAGAAAGCGAGAGCCACCCGAGUCAACAAGCGGGCGCCACAGAUGGACUGGAACCGGAAGCGCGAGAUCUUCAGCAACUUCUGAGCCCCUCCCUGCCUGUUUGCUGGUGACCCGGCCUCCCCCGCUCGGCCCCAGGCCCAGCCGGCAGGUCCCCAUGCCUCAGUGGGCCGGAGGGGGCCUCCUCACCCCCGGACGCCGUGCUGGUCCCAGCACCACCAGGAGCCAGUGUGAGCCCCGUCCCGUACCCCCACCUGCAGGGUGCUGGAUGGGGGAGAGGGGGCCCCGAGGCUAGAGAGGGACAGGGAGAGGCAGUGGUGACCGUGGGCCUGGCCCUUGCCGCUCUGCCCAGGCUGCUGACUUCAAGGAAUUUGUUUUUGCUUUUCUUCCAAAAACAAGGAAAAAAAAAAAAAAAAAAGAGCUCCAGCUCCACACAUGUUUCCACUUAAUACCAGAGUCCCGCCCCCGCCUCCACCCCCGUAGGACGCCUCUCUAAGUAAUUGCAAUAAAACAAACCUUUCUCUGCAAA